GACUAAUUUACUGCAAAAAGAUUUUCAUUUCGCAUUCCAAUUUCGAAUUUCAUUAUGUUUCGAACGCGUUUUACUUUUUUUAGUUGCGCAUUUUCCGUAAUGGCGUAAAGAUGUGUUUUGUCGCCGGCCAGUUUUAUAGUGUGUAGUGCGAGAUGGCUGAGGUACUGCGGAUCUUGGUGAAGAGGUGAUGAGAUAUAAAAAUGCCAAAGAGGAUACCAUUCCACGUCGUCUAUGCCACAAGUGAAGACAGCUCGUACCCAGCAUGCGAGCUCAACGCGCAGGGCCCGGCGGCGCGCGGCUGGCGCAGCGUGGGCGCGCCGCCGCACGAGCUGCUGCUGCGGCUGGCCAGUGUCACGCAGGUGCACAAGCUGCAGCUGCUGGCGCACCAUCAGCUCAUCCCGGCGUGCGUGGAAGUCCUGGUGUCUGGCGGGCUCAUCUCCGAAGGCGCGGCGACUCCAUGCGGCGCGACAUACACCAGCGUUGGCCGCGUCACUCUAGCUCGGCCUACUUCUCAAGCCAGGACCAGGGAACUCAGAUCAGCAGCAUUGCCCGAGCCCACAGUAGCGCGUUUUGUAAAACUCAGACUAUCCGGCCCACAUCCACCAGCAACAGACGAUGAUCAGGUAGCACUAAUGGCAGUGAACGUCCUCGGCGAAGAAGUGGAAGAAGCGGAGAAGUCCACGCCAACAUCGGCUAAGGCCGAGCCAAGUUACUCUCCAUACGACGACUUGGCCUUCGUGAUGUAUGUCGACACGGAGAUAGCGGACUUGGUCAGGACCUUGGAUGAGAAGAAGAAGAACGCUGUUGCUGAGGAGCGGUUCGAAUACGCCCGCCGGCUAAAGUCCGCUGGCUCCGCGCUCGCAGCCGCCGGAAUCCGCAUCGGGCGCUGGAGGCUGCGUAAGCGCACGGCUGCGGCGCGGGAUGACUUCGAGCUGGCGAGACGCAUGAGGGAUAGGAUCGCUGAUGCUUUGGCUGGGGUUAAAGAAGACCCGCAGUUGUGUAGGCUGUUUGAGGAAGAGGGGCCGGAUGCCCGCAACGACUCGUCCAUGCCGCAAGAGUACGACUUCUCCCACCACCUGUCGCCGUCCGUAGUGGCUGGCUCGCUCAGCCUGGACAUCCCCUCGCCGGUGCCACCGCUGGAGGAGCCGGAACAGCAGGAGUACGCGAAUGGGGAUGAGGAGGAAGUCACCAAUAUGCCUAGUUCCCCCGUCCAAACUCUACAAGAAGACAUCCGGCCGAUAUCUCGCGAACCAACCCCACCACCACCACCACCGCAGGAAGACAAAGUUGACAAAGCCCAGAAGAAGAUAGAAGAAGAAGUUCACAGGAAGAUAGAAGAAGAACUGAGGAAAGAGACUGAUAGCCCCAGAAGGAGUAUUACGCCAAAUGCUGCCAAUGGUACUUUAGUUAGACGUAGAAAUAAAAGUGCAGGACCUAGGUCUACAUUCGAAGCUUAUGAAGAGAGGCUGCUACCAGCUCUGAGGCACUCGCAUACCAAUGAGUACCUCCGGGAGGCUCGUGAGGAGGAAUGCAGUGGGGGCAGCGCCGCGUCACACCCUAGACAGCUGCAGCCCCAUAAACUGAAUGAGAGGGAGAGGAAGCAAGCUGCUUUGCCGAUACUCAUCUUUGGAUACCCUCUGGUAGAGAAGUUCUACUCCAAGAACUACCUAGACAAAGAAGAAGGCCUAGCGCGCCUUCGGGCGGAACUGACGUCACCAUCCAAUGGAAGCACCAAGACGUCUCCCAACAAGACGGCCCGAGCAGCUGCCCUGCUGCUUCAGAGGACCUUGAGGGAUAAGGUCUUCUCUGUGUACAGUCAGGCCAAUGAGGUGGUCAGGGUGCUGUUCCAAGACUUCGUUCCUGACAGGAGCCUCCACAUCAUCCCGCAACAACUGGUCCGUCCGGUGGCCGCGUCCAUGCACCCUCGCCUGGCGCUCUCCCGGCUACAAAUGCUGGAACAACUGCUGCUCAGCCACGGGAUAUCCACUGACAAGAACAGCGGCCUCACAGUCCGCCGCCUAGCCGAAUGCGGCGCAGCAGGCGCACAGCACGCAGCAGGCGCAGUGCGCGCGGCAGCGGAGCGCGUGCUCCUAGCAGCAUACGCGCGUUCCCCGCGCGUGGUGCGCGCGCAACUCCCGCCUGACGACGCCGUCACACGUAGAAACCUCAUCUACCGGCAUCUGUUCCAGCAGUUCGAUAGAAUUGACAUGCAGAAAAUGCUCAACCAGGCUCCGACAGAAGAACAGCUGUUGAACGGAGACCAGUCGAUAGCGGAUUCAUCUCUGGAAACCGCCAGCGUCACUCAGUCCACCCGCAGUGGCACCACCAGCGGUAUGACCGCGUCUUUCGGGAUGUCUUCUUCAGUCGGCGCCACUUCUUCUUACAGCUUGAAGUCUAUGGCGUCUUCUGGAGGAACUCUAGCACCUUCAAGCCUCAGCGGAAGCUACACAACAUCCAGAACGAAAAGCAGCCUCAAGAAAUCCCCUACAAAGCGGUACACCCCUUCAAGAACUGCGAAAGACUUCUCCAACUACCCUGGGUACAACAAACUAAGGCUGGACAGCGCCGUCAGUCCGAAGCACUCGCCGCGGUCUACAGUCAGCGCUUCUGAGAAGGUGCACUUUCAAGAGGGUCAAACCUCCGAGGUGGUCCUCCGACGCGCCAGCCGCAACGCGGAGAACCGGCACUCCAUGAUCCACUACGACCACGAGCCCUCCAAGCCACAGCUCAAGGAACGCCCCGUCACGGUCUACGAGCCACUGCACAUAGAUUACAGGGACUCUCCUACGUUAGGGUCCCCAAAAACCUCCAAAAACGACGUCCGCAGCAUGGAUUCUCUCCCAAUGGACUCUCCCCAGAUGUCCAGAAACGAUCUGCGUUGCGACUCUGACUGUCGGAGUCUGGACUCGCCCAAGGUCAAAGCAGAGUACUUCAGGGAAAGCGUUCUGGAAUCCCCGAAGCUGGUGGCUGGGUUACGGAAUCUACACCUGGAUGACCACAGCCAGAUGGAUGAGAGCGGGUAUUAUAGUCCUGGUAGGCGACAGCAAAUGGUGAGCAGCGAUCAUCAGUACGAAGGCUACGACGGAGGCCCGGUGGAUGUGCCCAGCGACAAUACCCCAGAACCGAUUUGCCAUACAACGUGCACGUGGUGCGGGCGGCGCGUGCGCGCGGAUGCCUUAGAGGCACACUACUGGCGGCGCUGCGUGCUGUUAGCACGCUGCCCGCGCUGCCGCGUGGCCUUAGAGGCCAGGGUGCUGCACCAACACUUGCUGGAGGAAUGCACAAUGAGUGAGGGUAGUUGGAAGGCGUGUACUAAAUGCGGCGCCGCGCUCAGCACUGAAGACAGCGACUAUCAUAUCAACUGCAUACCGCUGGGCCUGGACGAGUGGAAGUGUCCGUACUGCUUGAGCAACGUGUUGGCUCGCGACCUGCCCUGGCAGCGACACCUCAUGCAGUGUCCACGGAACCCUCGGCUGGGGCACUCGUAGGCACCCGGGUUCCGUCAAGGAAGUACUAAGGCUGAUUCUGCUGGGUAUGGGACUAUUCCGACUCGUUCCCACCUCUGCAACUCCUGUGUAGCCAGGAUCAACAGCUUGACCGCUAAUAAAAACCCAACCAGUGAAGGUCAAGUUUGUCCCGGGAGAAAG